AUGGCGUUUCACAUCUGUCACAUCUGUCUGCAGGACAUCAGAGGCCAGUCGUGGACUGAUGAGGAAUCAGAUGGGGAGAAUGAGUCGGAGCAGUUCCUCUAUGGGAUCCAGGGGAGCUGUGCUGCUGACCUCUACCGACACCCCCAACUGGAUGCAGACAUCGAGGCAGUGAAGGACAUCUAUACCGACAGUGCUGUCUCUGUCAGAGAGUAUGGAACCAUUGAUGAUGUGGACAUUGACCUUCAGAUUAAUAUCAGUUUCUUGGAUGAGGAGGUGGCAACAGCCUGGAAGGUCAUCCGAACAGAGCCCAUCAUUCUGAGACUACGGUUCUCUCUCUCCCAGUACCUAGAUGGACCGGAACCGUCAGUGGAGGUGUUCCAGCCCUCCAAUAAAGAGGGCUUCAGCCUGGGCCUGCAGCUCAAGAAGAUCCUGAGUACGUUCACGUCCCAGCAGUGGAAGCAUCUCAGUAAUGAGUUCCUGAAGGCCCAGCAGGAGAAGAGACACAGCUGGUUCAAGGCCGGGGGAACCAUCAAGAAGUUCCGCGCAGGACUCAGCAUCUUCUCUCCCAUCCCCAAGUCCCCCAGCUACCCUCUGAUCCAGGACACGGUUCUGAAGGGGAAGCUGAGUGUUCCAGAGCUGAGGGUGACCCGGCUCAUGAAUCGUUCCAUCUCCUGCACCAUGAAGAACCCCAAGGGGGAGCUGUUCAGCUACCCCCCCAACAGCCAGGCGGGCGGCCACUGCAAGAACAUCCCUACCUUGGAGUAUGGCUUCUUAGUACAGAUAAUGAAAUACUCGGAGCAGAGGAUCCCCACUCUCAAUGAGUACUGUGUGGUCUGUGACGAGCAGCACGUCUUUCAGAACGGAUCCAUGUUGAAGCCGGCUGUGUGCACUAGAGAGCUGUGUGUGUUCUCCUUCUACACUCUGGGUGUGAUGUCAGGAGCAGCAGAGGAGGUGGCCACUGGAGCAGAGGUGGUGGAUCUGCUGGUGGCUAUGUGUCGGGCUGCUCUGGAGUCUCCUCGUAAAAGCAUCAUCUUUGAACCCUACCCAUCUGUGGUCGACCCCAACGACCCCAAGACUCUGGCCUUCAACCCAAAGAAGAAGAACUAUGAGAGAUUGCAAAAAGCACUGGACAGUGUCAUGUCCAUCCGCGAGAUGACCCAGGGCUCAUAUCUGGAGAUUAAGAAACAGAUGGACAAACUGGACCCUCUGGCUCACCCUCUACUGCAGUGGAUCAUAUCCAGUAACCGAUCCCAUAUCGUCAAGCUGCCUCUGAGUAGGCAACUGAAGUUCAUGCACACAUCCCACCAGUUCUUGUUGCUCAGCAGCCCGCCUGCCAAGGAGGCACGCUUUCGCACGGCCAAGAAGCUCUACGGCAGCACCUUUGCCUUCCAUGGUUCCCAUAUAGAGAACUGGCACUCCGUUCUGAGAAAUGGACUAGUCAAUGCCUCUUAUACCAAACUGCAGCUGCAUGGUGCAGCCUAUGGAAAGGGUAUCUAUCUCAGCCCCAUCUCCAGCAUUUCCUUUGGAUACUCAGGGAUGGGUAAAGGACAGCACCGCAUGCCCACCAAAGAUGAGCUGGUGCAGCGUUACAACCGUAUGAAUAGCGUUCCACAGAGCCGUCCUAUCCAGUCAAGGUUUCUCCAGAGCCGGAAUCUAAACUGCAUUGCCCUUUGUGAAGUGAUCACGUCCAAGGACCUGCAGAAGCACGGCAACAUCUGGGUGUGUCCUGUGUCCGACCACGUCUGCACGCGCUUCUUCUUCGUGUACGAGGACGGCCAGGUGGGAGAUGCCAACAUCAACACCCAGGAGCCCAAGGUGCAGAAGGAGAUCAUGCGUGUGAUCGGCACCCAGAUCUACUCCAGCUAAUGGAGGCUCCCUGGUGGCCCUUGGAG